AGCAUCCAUCGCAACGUGACCUGACAGUCAUAUGACUUUAGCCCUAAAGGACGAGUUGCACUUGCACAGUCUCCGGCGUUGCGGGAGUCCGGGAGCUAGGGACGAGACACAAUGAAACUCAUCAUCCUAGAAGAUGCCCUUCAGGCCAGUGAAUGGGCUGCCAAGUACAUCAGAAACCGAAUCGUCCAGUUUCAACCAGGCCCCACCAGGUAUUUCACCCUGGGGCUUCCUACAGGAACCACUCCUCUUCAUUGCUACAAGAAGCUGAUUGAGUAUUAUAAGAAUGGGGACCUCUCCUUCAAGUACGUGAAGACAUUUAACAUGGAUGAGUACGUGGGCAUCCCACGUGACCACCCUGAGAGCUUCCACUCCUACAUGUGGAACAACUUCUUCAAGCACAUUGACAUUUGCCCUACAAACGCCUAUAUCCUGGAUGGGAAUGCAUCUGACCUGCAGACUGAAUGUGAUACUUUUGAAAAGAAGAUCAAGGAAGCUGGAGGGAUUGAGCUUUGUGUUGGAGGUAUUGGCACUGAAGGGCACAUCGCCUUCAAUGAGCCUGGUUCCAGUCUGGUGUCUAGGACCCGAGUGAAGACUCUGGCCAUGGAUACCAUCCUAGCCAAUUCUCGGUACUUCGAUGGAGAACUCUCGAAAGUCCCCAAGAUGGUUCUCACUGUGGGUGUGGGUACAGUCAUGGAUGCCAGAGAGGUCAUGAUCUUAAUUACGGGUGCCCAAAAGGCACUUGCACUGCACAAAGCCAUUGAGGAGGGAAUAAAUCACAUGUGGACCGUGUCUGCCUUCCAGCAGCACCCCCGUGUAAUAUUUGUGUGUGAUGAAGAUGCCACACUGGAGCUUAAAGUGAAAACUGUUAAGUAUUUCAAAGGGUUGAUGAUUGUUCACAACAAGCUAGUGGAACCACUGUACAGUAUGAAAGAAGCAAAGGACAGCCAACCUUCAAAGAGACCAUAUAGUGACUAACUUACCCUUGAAGCCAGCUGUCCAAUCCCCCAAAGAGAUACAGACUUUGAGGGAACAGGUCUUUAGGGGAAAAAAAAGUUCACUGAUUAAAUAUGUAUAUGCCCACUCCAAUGUUUUGUCUGCAUUUGAUGAAAAUGAGCGUAGGUGGGUAUUUUGUACUCAUUUGUAAGGGUUGAAGCUUACAGAUAUGGGUAUUUUUGUGCUGUGAUUUGGUUUUCUCUGAAAUAUGUUAUUUCUUGUUUUCUAAUGCCAUGUUCUACCUGUUAAAUAAGGGGAAAUGGAUAUAGAAAUGCCCAACAUGAACAUUUUUUAAAAAGUGCCCCUAAGGCACAGGGAGCACACCUUGUUUAGAAGGGGUCUCUUUGGUAGCAUGGAAGAGCAGACCUGGGGAAAGUGGACAUUUUGGACCUGAACAAGAUGUGACGAGUGUAGGUGGGGAAGAAUAUCUACUUUUCUUUUUUUGUCCUUGUCUUCUCUCUCACAGCAGACCCCUCUCUUCUUAGGAUUGGGUUUAAUAGAAGAACAUUAAUGUUUCACUCUUGAGAUUUGUGAGUGCAAGGCUAUACAUAUUGAAAAGUCUACCUAGUAAAGUUUGUCCAUCCCCAUUUAAAAUGCCUGUGCACUUUGCUAAUAUUCAUUCAAUAAACCUUUAUCAUCACCCACUAUGGACAAAGUAUUAGGCACUGAGGGAGAUACUAAGCUAGAUCAGGUAUACUGCCCCUGCCCUCUAGGACCUUUUUUGGUUAGGGAUAUUUUGCUGAAGGUAGGACAUUUCAUGCUAUCAUCCCUCUUCUAGAUGUGGGAAGUUCCACUGUUUGGAUGGCCAUAUUCAUUCCACCCACUCUGUAGCCUUCUUACUAUCUAAUCUUUUAUGUGCCUAUGACAAGCUACUGCUGGUUCCACUUUGUGGGGAAGUCUUGAGUCUGAUUCAGGUGCCUCUGACAGAACUUUUGAAAACUGUGUUUUCUACUUGUAUUUCAAUUUUAGCUUUUAUGUGAUUACUAAAAUUGUUUUGAACUGAUGGAUAAAUGGACUUGUUUACAAUGUGAUAUUUUCUAUUAAAUUUGAUAUUUUCAAAUGGAA